CCGGUCUUUGCCAACGCUCUCAGUGUCAAAGCUAGCAUACGAGCCGCUGCACUUGAUAAUACUUUUUUAACGAAAUAUCAGCCGCUGGUUUGAUUUCAACGCGACGGAACUGAGUACCUAAAGGUCGGUGAACGUGUUGCUGGUGGGCUUUCUCUGUGCGGCAGCUGCGCGACUCCGAGAACCUCACUUCAAAACAGCAGCCGAAGCUAAAAGCAAGAACACGUGGCCUUAUUUUGUCAAACAGCAGUUGAACUGGGUCGCUGGGUCAAGGAAACGCAGGUCUGGCUUUAGCUCCGUUUUAAGCGAAACCCUCUUUGAUCUCGCGCUCAGGAUGCUAUGCCACAAUCAGCAGCUCGACAAUGUGAACAGUGGCCAGGAGCAUCCAAUGAAGCAAGUACGGUUUGCAAACAACAACAACAACAACAGCAGCAGCAGUAGCAGCAGUGGUAGUGAUGUGGCUGCAGUGCUGUCCAACUCUGAACCAUCUGAUGCCACCAAACAGACUGACAUCCCAGAUAACCUGGGACCUCAGCUGAAGCUGCUCCCUCUGAACGACCAGAUCCGUGAAUUACAGACCAUAAUCAGAGACAAGACAACCAGCAGAGGAGACUUUGUGUUUUGCGCUGAUCGACUGAUCAGACUAGUAGUUGAAGAGGGUUUGAAUCAGCUCCCCUACUCGGAGUGCACUGUAACCACUCCAACAGGGUACAAGUAUGAAGGUGUCAAGUUUGAAAGAGGCAACUGUGGAGUCAGCAUAAUGAGGAGUGGUGAGGCCAUGGAGCAGGGUCUCCGGGACUGCUGCCGCUCCAUCCGCAUCGGCAAGAUCCUGAUCCAGAGCGAUGAGGAGACACAGAAAGCCAAGGUCUUCUACGCCAAGUUCCCUCCAGAUGUGUACAGAAGAAAAGUGCUGCUCAUGUACCCCAUCCUUAGUACUGGGAACACCGUGAUCGAGGCAGUGAAGGUGUUGAUAGAGCACGGACUCCAGCCCAGACACAUCAUCCUCCUCAGCCUCUUCUCCACGCCUCAUGGAGCCAAAUCUAUCAUCCAGGAGUUCCCCGAUAUCACCAUCUUGACCACGGAGGUUCAUCCAGUGGCUCCGACACAUUUUGGACAGAGGUACUUUGGCACCGACUGAACGGAGGACAACCUGAGGAACAUGAAAUGGUUUUGACUUUAUUUUGUCUUGUUUAUUUGAAUGUAUCAUGUCCUCCCUGUUGUGCCAAAUAUUGCUACUUUAUCCCUCCGAAGUUCCUUAACUUGAUGCAAAAUGAUUACUCAGAUUUUUAGUAUUUUCUUUGCUGUGUAUUCUCAUGCUAAAGAGAGAAGACAACACUGAACCAUAUAAAGAGUUGAACUUGGAUCAUUUUAUUUGCAUGUUACAACUGGUGUAAAAUAAAGAAUUUAUAUUUGUUAAAA